GUCAGAGGGAGGCGGCCUGGCGUCCGAGCCGAGCGCCUGCGCCGAGCGGGGCCGAGCGGGGCGGCCGGAGCGGAGCGGAGCGCAGCGGAGGGCAGCGCGAGCGGAGCCGGAGCCCCCGCCAGCGGCGGAGACGCUGACGCCCGCCCGGCCCCGCGCCGCCGCGGCAGGCCCGGCAUGGAGGAGGAGUGCCGGGUGCUCUCCAUCCAGAGCCACGUCGUCCGCGGCUACGUGGGCAACCGGGCGGCCACGUUCCCGCUGCAGGUUUUGGGGUUUGAGAUCGACGCGGUGAACUCUGUCCAGUUCUCAAACCACACAGGCUACACACACUGGAAGGGUCAGGUGCUGAACUCGGAUGAACUCCAUGAGCUGUACGAAGGUCUGAAGCUGAACAACGUGAACAAAUAUGAUUAUGUGCUCACAGGUUACACGAGGGACAAGUCCUUCCUGGCCAUGGUGGUGGACAUCGUGCGGGAGCUGAAGCAGCAGAACCCCAGGCUCGUGUACGUGUGUGAUCCGGUGAUGGGUGACAAGUGGAACGGCGAGGGCUCCAUGUACGUUCCAGAGGACCUCCUUCCAGUUUACAAAGAAAAGGUUGUGCCGGUUGCAGACAUUAUAACCCCCAACCAGUUUGAGGCUGAAUUGCUGAGCGGCAGAAAGAUCCACAGCCAGGAAGAGGCGUUAGCGGUGAUGGACGUGCUGCACUCGAUGGGCCCCGACACGGUGGUCAUCACCAGCUCCGACCUGCCCUCCCCGAGGGGCAACGACUACCUGAUUGCACUGGGGAGCCAGAGGAUGCGGAGCCCCGAUGGCUCCGUGGUGACGGAGCGCAUCCGCAUGGAGAUGCGCAGGGUGGACGCGGUCUUCGUGGGCACCGGGGACCUCUUUGCCGCCAUGCUCCUGGCGUGGACGCACAAGCACCCCAAUAAUCUCAAGGUGGCCUGUGAGAAGACCGUGUCAGCCAUGCAUCACGUUCUGCAGCGGACCAUCAAAUGUGCAAAAGCCCAGGCUGGGAAAGGACUGAAGCCCAACCCGGCCCACCUGGAGCUGAGGAUGGUCCAGAGCAAAAAGGAUAUCGAGAACCCGGAGAUCGUCGUCCAGGCCACGGUGCUGUGAGGCCGCGUGCACCACCUCCCGACGCACAGCGUGUUGGUGUCUCCAUUUUCAUUCCUGUGAAAAGUGUAACGUCUGCCUUAGAGCUGUGACCGAAACUUGAGAUUUUUUUUCUUUCAUGAGUGUCCAGCAUCCACUGGUCUUAAUUGUGAAAACGUGCCAGUUGUGCUUUUUAAAAAUAACAAAGCGAUCACAGAAAUUUCUAAUUUGGAAACAGCUCCCCUCCCCCCGAAGGCUCCUGGGCCUCCCUGGAAAACCAGCUCCGUGUUGACCGUCUCAGGGGUGUCCUCCUCGGCUGGCUCGGGGGUCUGUGGGAUCCCCGUCCCGCGUGGGCUGGGCCUGGGGAAGCCCCCGUGUCUGUGCGUCUCUGAGACCGUGCCCGGUUUUAACUGUCCACAUCAGAAGAAUUAUGCCAAAUAUCUUUAUUGCUGUUUUGCCCUUCCUUCUUUGUUCCUGCAUCAGAAUGUUUUUAUUUCUGACUUUGCCGCCUGUUAGAUCCCUGGGGAUUUCAGAUGUUCCGCUUUCGUUCUGCCGUAUGGACAGGUUAAUGCCAGCAGUCUCAGACACACACAGACCCUGCACUGUCACUUUGGUGGGGACCUUUCCAGGACCCCGAAAACUCAAGUGGGUCCGUAAAUCUCACGUGUAUCAGCGGGACCACCUUGUAACUCACUGGGGGACGUGGCAGAGAUAAAGAAAAGUCUGGUGCUGGGGGUGAUGACUGUGUCCGGGUCCUUGUGAAAACUUGCCUAGUUUAUGGUACAACAAGUUAAGCCCUGUGUUUGCCACCUGCUGCUGGUGACAAAUGCAUUGUGCCAUGGUGUUAGUGUACAGACAGAUACAGAGGGCUCCUGCCCCCCACUGUCGGCAUAUUUCACCCCACCGGCCAGUUACCUCGUACCCCCCCCUUCUGCGUUCUGUGCCGGCCAGAGGCCAGGAAGCGAGAGGCUUGCAGAAGCCGGCUCUCGUCCCUCCCCAAACCUGAGAGGGGAGGGGGCAGAGCUUCAGAGGAGCAGCUCUCGGUGCCUCGAGCGAAGGCCACACCUAGGCCGUGACUCUAGUCCACUUGUCCACUGCCGGGUGCCCCUCCUGAAGACUCAGCGUAUCUUGAUCUCAGCAGCCCUCCGCCUUGGUCUGGGGGUGCAGAGGUUUGCAUCUCCCGGGAACCUACAGCCUGGAGAGAAGUGGGGAGAUGGCAGAAUGUGGGGGGCCUGGAUGUGGGCCACUGGGAAAGCAUACUCCAAGGACAGCCCUUGUCCCCCCAUCCACAGCGCUGUCCCCCUAGGCAGGCCCUCUCCUGGAGCCCGCACCUUCUUUUGUGGCAGUUCCAGUGUCUUCCAGAGGGCCUCUCAGCUCUCCACUAGAAUUGUCCUCACUUAGUUGAGAAAGCCCUAAGGGGAAGAGACGCCGGUCUCCACCGACUUGCUGUGCGACUCCGCUCUUCUUUCUUCUCCGCUCUGCUCACGUUCUUAAUGUCUUAACUCUCAGGCAUCAGCGUGCCCCGGCGGCCCGCGCACAGGGUCAGUGGGUCUCGGCUCGCCAUGGCGGCCAGCGGGUCAGGGCAUGUGUGUCCCUGUCGUGUCUCCUGGUUCCGAGGACCAGGCUCCUCUGUGCCUCGGGGCGCAGCCCACUGGGCCUGGAGAAGGAGGAAGGCUGUGGCUGGCGGCCUGGAGGGGGGCAGCCUCCCCAACACGGUGAGCGGGGGCAGCCACAGUCACUCAGGGCCCUGGGCCUCUGUGGCGCCUUCUACAGAAGAUCCUGUCACUGCCGAGUAGAGCUGGGGAGACGGCCACAUCGCCAGCCAGUGGGAAAAGCUGCUUUUCUUUUCUUUUUCACUAUCAAGAGCAAGUGUAAGACUAGAGAAAGAACCUGAAUGUAUCCCUCUUCAGCGCAAUGGUGCAAAGCCGCCCUGCAAACCCGGUCCUGGUCGUGGGGCUUAUUCUGCGUGUACAGUGCACUUGAAGGAGGCGCACCCUGCACACACGAUUUGCUCCUGGGUCCUUUAGGUCUUAUUCUGGAGGCUUAGUCCCCGACACGAGCUCUCAUUCAUUCCCUUCCUUUAUUAGACAUAGAGUGAUGAGACUGUUCCCCCUGUUGAGCUUUCUGUAAAAUCAUGGAUUCUGGCGUGCCCCAGACCUUCUCCUGUCUCCUUUGGCUGUAAGGCCCGGACCACAAGGAGAACUUGAGGCUUGAGCCCUCCGUACCGGGCAGGAAUCACUGGGGGCUCCCGAGAGCCUUUGCAGGGUGGAGGCUCACGUAGAAAUAACAGCUUCCAUGGGAAACUGUAUCCAAAGCGUACCUUUCCUCGUGCUGUUGCCCACCUUGUGCUGUCUUAGGUCCUUUCUGCGUGGACAUCUUCCGUCUGUGACAGCAGAGGCUCUGGAUGGUCUGUGUGUGGAGUUUCCCAUCCAGAAGUUACCCAGGGUCCAUUGGCUUGGCUCUUGAUACAGGUUGGGUCCAAAUUAGAAUUCAUCUUUGUUCUUCCUUUCCCAUGGUUCAGUAACAUGCAAAGUAAUAUUUGUUUCGAGAUGAGAGAUGUCUUGGCCUUGAAUCGUCUGCUGAUGAUCAGACUAUGGAUUUUUAGUACUUUCCAGUUUUUCAAACCUUCUCCUGUAGACCUUAAAGUCGAGUUAUGAGAUAUGAAUCCUUUUCUUUUAACUAGUCUUGAAUCGUUGCCUCGCCUGCUGAGGCCGUCCUGUUCGUCUGUGUUCUUUCGCAAUACAUGUCAGUGAUGGUCGAAAGGAAGCCUUGUUUGUUGUUUGUUCUUAAACGUGUUGCAACUGAUUUGCAGCACGUUGGUUCGUGCCCCAGUGGACCGAGCCUGACUUGGCGUGACUGUGCUGAGUCAGUGGAGGGUGUGUUCAAUGUCAACAGCGUGCAGCCUACACCGUGACACCUGAGUCCUGGUGUAACAGUCACCUCCCCACUGUCGUCAUCCACGGCAAGAAAAGAAACGCUGUGCAUUGGAGCCUCAGGCCCCUGUGGAGUUAAAGCACAGGGUGAGUCCUCUGAUCCCAGAGGAGCCAGGCGGGUGGGGCCUGGGAUGACUGGCUACCCUGAGUCCACCCUGACCCACAAUCCAUCUCAUGGCUUGAACCUCAUUUCGCUCCUCACCUGAAAUGUACGAAAGAGGAGGUGAGAGUGUUCUGGCCACUGGACCUCCAUGGCACGCACACCCUCUCCUUGUCCUCCUGCCCUUUGAUGGGACCAGCUGCCUGGGGUGUCCGGGACCAUCUCGAUGUGCAUCUGAGGCGCCCCGUGACCACAUAACUGCAUUCUGGUGCCAGAACAGCUAGGAAUCCGUGUCCUCCUCCUCUGCCGCCCGCUUGUCCCUCGGGCCUUCAUCACGUGCGUCUCCCGUGGGCUUGGGUCCACUCAGCCCCUGCCUGGGCCGAAGGAAGGGAGUGGCGUUUGUGAGCGAGCAGAAUGGCUUCUGUGCAGACGGGGAUGCUGUGAGGGUAGUCUUGGCUUUCUGAGUCUGGGUGGGAGCCACAUGGCCCCCCACACUCAGUGCUGCCUGUCAGAGGGGCACGGCUGCUGAGCCCACCUGUUUUCGUUCCAGGCCACCUCCCAUGCCAGGCUGCAGGGGGCUUCCCUUCUCAUCACUUCUUGUGGCUCUUUGCAUUAAGACUUCCCUGGAGAGCUGUCUCCUGUGUCCUUGGAGAGGGCACUCAGAAGGACCCCAUCCCUGGGGAGGGCAGCUCUGGGAGGCCAGGUCCACUACCCUAAGCCUGGGAAGACUUGAACG